UUAUAUACCCCUAGGCGGAUUAAGCUUUGCGCUUUUGAGCAUAUUCGAAUCUCAGGAGGGCACCAUCUCGCGUAGAGAUGGCUAUUGUGCUCACUGCUACCAAUGGGCGGUGCUGUACCGUCAUCGCGAGGUAAAUGUUUCCCCCGUCUGUGGAUGCCGGCAAAGCUACUAACGGUAUCGGCCCCUCCUCGACCACCGGUACAGAAACGCUCUUAACGGCCGACCCCGUUCAACAAUCGAAAGUCCACAACGUGCGGCGGCCCGAAGCUCCUGCGGUUCAAAAUAUUGGCUGUAGCUCGAUUUCAGGGGUGGGCUUUCCCCCCACGCGACUCCCAAGCCGAUUCGAAUGGUUCAACACCAACAGAUGUUUUGAACGCCAUUUCGCCUCAUGCUAUAGCGUGGGAAUUUCCGAGGGUUUGCAAAUCCUACGCCGCGCUAAGUACCUUUUUCUCCUUAUCAGAGAGCAGAGGGGACACACCCUAGGUCCUUUCCUGAAUCAAAACCGUACAAUUAUCCCAGCCAGCUCCCAAUGCACCAUGAGACGCAAUGCGAGCAAAAUACGUUCGGGCCUUCAUCUCGUCCAUGGCGUCGAUGGAAACCCCCACUGAGACGAAUUGCUCAGGCGUGCUGUCGUCGCCGCCCUUCCCCCAGUCUUCGGCGCGUCUUCACUGUGGUGCUUGC